GAUGUAUUUACUCUCCUCGCAUGCUCCUUACGCGGAUCUCUUACUCGCCCGUCCCUAAUCACUAUUCGUCUACAUUACAAGAGUACAUAUGCCUUUUUACAACAUGGCAAAGAAAGUACCUACCGUUGAGCCCGUAUCGGUGACGGACGAACAGUCGCCCAAAGCAUCAAUCGAGCCUAAACGCCCGGGUACCAGUGGUACAGAGCUCCUCUUGACUACCAAUCGUCGCACAGCUUCUCAACAAUACGCUGCCGCGCAAAGGGCAGAAAAUGCGUACAAGGCCAAGAAACGAUCAGCGAGCGCACGUCAACAUCGUUCUGAGGCCGCAUCCCACUUCAAGUUGUCCGCACACCACAUGAAAGAGGGCUUCAAGAGCUGCUGGAGCAUGGUAACUGCAGUGCCGUGGGUGUUUAAGGCAUGGAAAGAAGAUCGACAAGCGAUGAAAGAAAAGAAGGCGGUCGAGAGAUACAUGGAGAAGAAGAAGAAGCUUGAGGAGCGCAUAGCAAAGCAGGAGGUUGCUCAGGAGAAGGAGAAGGAACCGGAGGCGUGAGGUCACUCACCAACCGAUCAUCGACUUUGCUUCCACCAUCCCAUAUCCGACAUAUUUCCUCAGCAGCGAGUCCCAAACAUCACCAUUACCACCGCAAC